AUGCGCUCUUCAUAUCACGUUCGCUUCGCUCCUGUUUCGUGGUCUUGCGGUGACCUCUUGAUUGCGUUGGGUCUGAUACUGUCAUUGGGCCCGGUCGAAGCCUCAAAUCCUACCCCCAUUGUUGCGACAACAAGUACAGAUUUCUUUGGCUACGACGGCCUGUGGUCGGCCAUCAGUAUACGGGUCGGGUCGCCCGAGCAAUAUCUUUCGGUUUUCCCGAGUACCCUGAGUCAGGAGACGUGGGUGGUAGGUCCCGCUGGCUGCGAUGGGACGACUGUCUGUCAGAGUAAAAGAGGAGGGUUGUUUUCGGCAAACGAGUCGUCCUCUUUCAAGCCUCGAGGCUUUUAUGAGCUCAACUUUGAUCCCCAGCUGGGUGGUAGUGGAUUUGGCUACUAUGGCUUGGACACUCUCUCCCUAGACGAUGCGACCUCUGUGCCCGACCAAAUUAUCGCCGUGGUAAAUUCGACCGACUACUGGGUCGGCAGCUUGGGACUUGGAGUUCAACAAACUCGCUUUAGUGGCUCCGAGGCCAUCUCGCCGCUCUUGUCGAGCUUGAUCCAGAAGCGCAACGAUAUCCCCAGCCGUAGUUACGGCUAUACUGCAGGAGCAAUCUACCGUCUAAAAAGUGUUCCAGCGUCAUUGGUCUUGGGAGGGGUUGAUGCGAAUCGAUUCGUACCGAAUGACAUGAGCUUCACCUUGAGCCAGGACUAUGCUCCCAUUGUUGCUGUCAACUCGAUAUCGGUCUCGUCCGGGGCUGAAUCUCUACCGUCUAAUUGGGGCUCGAACCCUCUGACACUCCUGGAUCUGUCUCAGGCCGACUUAUUCACCAUUGACUCGUCAACUCCAUUUCUAUGGCUUCCGGAGCCAGCUUGCGACGCUUUCGCAAAUGCUCUCAACCUGACUUACGACGACACCUUGCAACUCUACCUCUUCCCUUCCAACGGUUCAUCGUCGCCCGAUGCUCUCAGUGCAUGGAAUUUGACGUUCACCUUCACGCUGAGCAAUUUGCCUGGGUCAUCCGAUGGGAUUGAACUUACGUUACCCUACGACGCAUUCGACCUUCAACUGACAUAUCCAUUCCCAAAUCUGGCGGCAAACUUUACCUCCCCUCCUACAAAUUAUUUCCCUCUGCGAAAGGCAGCUAAUUCCACACAAUAUACCAUUGGUCGAGCGUUCUUGCAAGAGACCUAUCUCACAGUCGACUACGAACGUAACAACUUCUCAAUAUCGCAGGCAGUGUUCACCUUGGACGCUGUCAGCAAUGUCAACCUUCUAGCAAUCUCUCGACCCGACGGCAGCAUAUGGCCGGGUCCUCCGGAGACUGGAUUGUCGACAGGUGCCAAAAUAGGGAUUGGGUUAGGAGCUGGAAUAGGGGCACUGCUUGCAUUGGGACUGACUUUGUGGUUCUGCUUCCGGAAGAGGGGUGCGUCAGGCAGUCCUGGACCGGAAAAGGAGAAGAGACGGUCACUGCUUAGUCGGUUGCAGCGAAAUCCUGAUUCGAAGACCUCGGUUUCUGAAUUGCUGGGUGAUAAACGUCACCCAACUGAGGUGCCUGCAGAUCCUUCAGUUAGCAGGUUCGAACUGGCGAGCAAUACACCAAUCGAAAUGCCUGCAGGCCCUGUCUCUCCGAGUUUCUUCGAAAGCAACGAAGGCCCUCGUCGGGGAUCGGCGCUCAUGAGGAACGAUCCAAGAAAACCGGCAGAGCUCGAGCAACAGCAUUCGACAAAGGCAGCAGAAGCGGCAGCUAGUGAAAGAUCUGGCUCGCCAGUCCCCCCUUACUCACCAGCGGAGAUCAAUAAUCGGUUCAGCAGCAGUAUCAGCCCCUAUAGCGUCAGGCACAGUCAUGCGUUUGGAACUGUGUCAUCCGACGACCAGGGCGUCAGCCCAGUCGGGGCCAGCCGUGACGGCCAUUCUCGACAAUCUAGCAACGCAAAUAGCAGGAGCAUGUCGAGUCCGAUAUCGCCAGAGAUGGCAUCAAGAUCACAAGCGCAACAGUUACCUGGCGGGAGCACCAGCCCUGCAAUGACCACCAGCCGUGGUAGUCUUCUGGUACCGCAGCUGAACGGACGUCCUCCAUCGCGUUCGCCAAGCUCUGGAAGCAGGUUUGUCGAGGAAGGACUGGGCACUGUGAGCGAAGAACGCCCUCCUGGUCUACCUGUGCGCCCGAAUCCACAAGGAACCCGAUUUAGCUGGGAACAAUGA